UUCUCUGCAACGAUGGUGGACGGCAGCAAGUUACCAGUAUACGGUGAAGCAGUGCUAGACCUACAAAUCGGGCCACUGCGCUGGAGACCUGCUCUCCCCAUCACCAACAUAAAAGGGCUUGACCUGAUCUUCGGGCGAGACUUCCUGAAAAGAUUCAACCCCGAGUUCAAUUGGGUGAACCACACCGCAAGCAUCUACAACAAUGGACGGAGAGUACAGCUACCCAACUGGGACGAUACAGGAGAUAUCCCAGUGGAGACACUCGCCAGAUUCGAGAAGGACGUGAAGCGAACCGACACCGGGUUCCUGGCGAUAGCAACAGCAGUGGAGAACGACGGAGAGAAAGCCUUGGAACCUCCAGAAAAAAUCAAGGACUUACUGAAGGAGUUCCAAGACAUUCUUCUUGACGAUCUUCCGAAUGAGCUACCGCCAUACCAAACGCAUCAACACGAGAUCGUGGAGGAACCGGGAUCGAAGCCGACCUUCCGAGCACCAUACCGGCUCAGCCCUACGGAGCUGACCGACAUGAAAAAACAGAUCGAGUAUCUCCUAGCCAAAGGACUCAUCCGGCCAUCCACUUCGCCAUACGGUGCCCCAGUACUCUUCACACCGAAACCGGACGGAAGCCUGCGCAUGUGCAUCAACUACCGAGCUCUUAACAAGCAGACCAUCAAGAAUAAAUAUCCGAUACUGCGAAUCAAUGACCUGCUAGACCAGCUUCGGGGAGCUACGGUAUUUUCCAAACUGGAUCUGCGGUCCGGAUACUGGCAGAUACGGAUGGCGGACAACUCUAUCCACAAAACUGCUUUCCGAACUCAGUACGGAUCGUACGAGUAUUUGGUAAUGCUGUUCGGACUCACCAACGCACCGGCAACGUUUCAAGCCGAAAUGAACCACAUUCUACGACCACUUUUGGACGAUUGCGUGGUGGUGUAUCUGGACGACAUCCUCAUCUACUCGCGCGACAUGAAGCAGCACGUCGAGCACCUACGACGCGUCUUCGAAAUUCUUCGACGAGAACGGUUCUACGUCAAACUGUCAAAGAGGGAAUUCGCCCUUGAGAAGGUCCAGUUUCUAGGACACCUGGUGAGCGCUCAAGGAGUUCACGUCGACCCCAAGAAAAUCGAAGCCGUACGUACGUGGAAGACACCUGAGAACGUGAAGGAGUUGCAGCAGUUCCUAGGCUUUGCUAAUUAUUACAACAGGUUCGUGCCACAGUAUGCGAAACUCGCAGCACCCCUCACGAAUCUGCUGAAGAAGAACACGCCCUAUAAAUGGGAACCAAAGCACCAGGAAGCCGUGGAGCAGCUGAAACAAGCACUCACGUCCGCACCGGUACUCAUCUUGCCAGAUCCCGAACGCGACUACGUAAUCGAAACUGACGCCAGCGACCAGGCAGUGGUAGCAGUCUUGAUGCAAGACCAGGGGAAUGGACUGCAACCAAUUGCCUACCUCAGCAAGAAACUACAUGGAGCAGAACUAAACUACCCGAUACACGACAAAGAGGCCCUUGCCAUCGUCAUCGCCUUCAAAGCGUGGAGAUGUUAUCUCGAAGGACGAAGAACAACCGUCUACACUGACCACUGCAGCCUGAAAUACUUGAAGACACAACCCAACCUUUCCAGGCGGCAGGUCCGGUGGAUCGACUUCCUCGAGACACACUUCCACUACGACAUCGUGUACAAGCCCGGCCACAAAAACAAAGCAGACGCUCUUAGCCGGCCUGCACACGUUGCCGCCAUUCAGAUUGAAGGGAUGAAUCCACUACUCAAGGGACUCUUCACACACGGGUACGCCAUUGACCCCGAAAUCUCCUUGGCGGAAAAGCGACAUUUGCUACAGUGGAACUGUGACAUCGCAUACCGGAAAGGAUCAACGAAAAUUUGGGUACCCAAUUACCCUCCUUUGCGCCAGUUACUAAUCGAAGAAUACCACGACGUCCUAUAUGCCGGACACUUCGGUAGCAACAAGACGCUCACCGGUAUCGCCAAACACUACUACUGGCCCCACAUGGCAGAUGACGUACAGAAAUUCGUCACCUCGUGUGAUACAUGUCAGCGGAUGAAGAGCAGCAAGCAGAAAAAGGCGGAACUACUGCAGCCUCUUCCUGUCCCAGAACAGCCAUGGCAAGUGGUUAGCCUGGACUUCAUCACCGGGUUACCACCUACCACCAGCAGUCAUGACGCAAUCCUUGUCGUCAUCGACAAGUUCUCCAAAAUGGGACACUUCAUCCCGACACACACGACGGCACGCACCGAGGAGACAGCACAACUCUUCGUUCGUCACAUCAUCUCACAGCAUGGCAUUCCAACCACACUCAUUUCCGACCGAGACCCUAAGUUCACCAGCAAGUUCUGGAAGGAACUUAUGUCUUUUCUCGGAACCAAACUCGCCAUGUCAUCCGCAUACCAUCCGCAGACAGACGGACAGACCGAGCGCCUCAACCAAAUUGUUGAGCAACUCCUCCGCGCAGCCUGCAAGGACGACAUCUCCAAGUGGGACUUGCAUCUGCCCGUCCUGGAGUUUGCCUACAACAAUGCCACACAUGCCGCUACUGGACAGACGCCGUUCUUCCUCUGCUACGGACGCUAUCCACUCACACCACAGAAACCGACCACAUCCGCUACACGAGCAGCCAGACUACUACAGCCGUUGGAUCCGCCUCAGCGACCCUGGCAACACGUCACGAUGGACUACGUGACAGGACUGCCGGCCGGUCCCAGCGGAAACGACGCCAUCCUCGUGGUCGUCGACCGACUCACGAAAAUGGCGCACUUCAUCGCCUGCCAACAGACAAUUACAGCCGAACAAACAGCACAACUGUUCCUCGCGAACGUCAUCCGACUGCACGGACUGCCCUCCGCCAUCAUUUCAGACCGAGACCCGAAAUUCACAUCGAAUUUAUGGCGCCACCUGUGGGACCAGUUCGGCACCAAACUCCAAUUUUCCUCCGCCUACCACCCACAGACCGGCGGGCAGACCGAACGCGUCAACCAGACCAUGGAGCAACUCCUUCGAACUACCUGUACUGACCCAUCGACAUGGGAGAAAUCUCUCCCGCUGCUGGAGUUCGCGUAUAACAACGCAUCCUCCGCCACAACCCAUCAGUCUCCGUUUUUCCUCAAUUACGGACAGGACCCCGUGAUCGUAGAGGAACCACAUUCGAAACCGACCUUCCGAGCACCAUAUCGGCUAAGCCCCACAGAACUAGCCGACAUGCAGAAACAAAUUGAGUAUCUCCUCGCCAAAGGACUCAUCCGACCAUCCACUUCGCCAUACGGUGCCCCAGUACUCUUCACACCGAAACCGGACGGAAGCCUGCGCAUGUGCAUCGACUACCAAGCUCUCAACAAGCAGACCAUAAAAAACAAAUACCCGAUUCCACGAAUCGAUGACCUGCUUGACCAGCUUCGGGGAGCCACGGUAUUUUCAAAACUAGAUCUGCGGUCCGGAUACUGGCAGAUAAGAAUGGCAAACGAUUCCGUUCACAAAACUGCCUUCUGAACUCGGUACGGAUCGUACGAGUA